UGGGCAAGAUGGCGGCGGUGUCUGCGGCCUCCGCGAAGAGGAAGAGUGGCGGCAGCCCGGCCAGCGCGAGGGCGGUGUUGACAAGCAAGCGGGAGCCCAGUAUCAAGCUGCAGUAUCCGGUGAGCGGGCCCGAGCCGCUCAGUUGGUCCGAGGACAACCGGCUCUCCAUCACCACCGGCAAAAACAUCUACGUCCUGGAGCAGAUUUGCGACAUCCAUAACAACGGGCUGGACAUGGUGAUCCACAGGACCUCGGUGCCAGCACCCAGCCAGAGCUGCUCCCUCAAGGUUGGCUCUCAGGCAGAAGUAAGUGGCUGCAAGGACAAGUUCCUGAGCAAAAAAGAUCCAACUCUAAGUCAUUCAUUAAUGAUGGACAGGGUCUUUAAUCCUGAAGGGGGUGCUUUGUCGCCAUUGCGAGGUUUUAAAUUUACCAGCUGGUCUCCUUUGGGUUGUGACUUCAAUGGAAGGUGUCUGUUAGCAUCUUUGACACUGGACAAUAGACUGUCCAUCCAGGUGAAUGUGAACAGGUUGCAGUGGACACCAGCUUUAGAUAUUACGGAGGUAUAUGGUGAGAUGCUGUAUGAGAACAAAUAUGGGAAUUUGGAUGCGGAUCUGGGUGGGGAGUUGAAGGAUUUCUCUGAAUUCCAAAGGAGACAUUAUAUGCAGGCUCCUGUUAGAAUGGAAUGGUCCAGUAUCUGCAACACUCAACGUGUAAAAGCUAACAAUGAGUGUGAAGACGUGGGCACUGUACUUUUGGCUGUCCUGCUUGAAAAUGGUGAUGUUGUUAUAUGGCAAUUCCAAAUCCCGUUUCAUGGCAAAGAUUCUAUCAUUGCAUGCAGUACCAUUGAAUCAGGUAUUAAUGACCCAAGUGUCCUGGCUUGGUGGGAAUACGAACAUGGUAGUCGCAAAAUGAGUGGGUUGAUUGUUGGCAGUUCUAAAGGACCUGUUAAGAUUCUGCCAGUGAACUUGAAAGCAGUGAAAGGUUACUUCACUCUCCGACAACCUGUGGUUCUUUGGCAAGAGAUGGAUCAAUUACCUGUGCACAAUAUUAGAUGUAUCUCUCUCUACCAUCCCUACCAGAAGUGCAGCUGCAGCUUGGUUGUGGCAGCCAGAGGAACAUAUGUUUUCUGGUGCUUACUAUUGAUAUCCAAAGCUGGACUGAAUGUUCACAAUUCUCAUGUGACAGGCCUCCACACUCUUCCCAUUGUGUCUCUGACAGCCAAUAAACAAACUGCGAGUUUCUACACCUGCUCUGUUGAUGGAACCAUUCGAAAGCUGACUCCUCUUUUCACGGAUGUAGCAGUAAAGUUUGAUCAUACCUUAAUCAAAUUGCCGGAGUCAAUUGGCACAGUGAGACUUCAUGGAAUAUGUCUCAGCCCAAACAAUGCAUACCUCGCUCUUGUGACAGCAGAAGGUAUAAACAAUGGCCUCCAUCCAGCCAGCCGUAUGUACCAGGUGCAGUUUAUCACAUUAAAAACACCAGAAGAAGCAGCUUCUAAAAUUUUAGAAUCUUCCAUUCACAAUUUGUUCAAACAAGUGGACUUACUUGACCUUGUACGUUGGCGAGUGUUGACUGAAAAACGUAUUCCUCCAGAGCUAGAUGAAGCUCUAGACCAUAAACUUCAGACCAAUCCAUCAAAUUACUUGUGGCGUUUAAGACUUUUUCUCUUAAAGAUUUUGUUUCAGACCCUACAAAAGGCACCCAAUGAAGCACUUUGGAGACCAAAUCAUUGUGAGUCAAAGAUUUUGCUUUGUGACAACUCUGCAUUGUUAAGCGAGAAUAAGAGACAGCCAGAUGAGGCAAAGACCAGUUCAGAGAGUACUCAAACAAGCAGAGGAGUUGCAAGUCAAGCCGAGGACUCUUCAGUGGAACCUAAAGAUGGCAAUACUGAAGAACAGAUUCAUGAAAUGAUUGCAAAGAAAUUGAAUGCAAUUCAGACUAACAUUGAAGUAGUGGAACUCCAUCUGACACGUGAACAUAUGAAACGAGUUCUGGGUGAAGUGUACCUUCACACCUGGAUUACAGAGAACACCAGUGUUCCAACCAGAGGCAUUUGUGACUUCUUGACCUCUGAUCCCAGCUACGAUGAUCGGACAGCAAAGGUUCUGAUUUCUCACAAUUUGAAGAAAUUGACCAAACAGACAUUUCCUGAACACUGUUCCCUGUGUAAAGAGGUUCUACCGUUUACGGAUCGACGCAAAGCUAUCUGCUCCAACGGGCACAUUUGGCACAGAUGUGUUCUGACGUAUCAUGCGUGUCAGAGUCUGACCUAUCGCAGAUGUCUGCUACAAGACAGCAUCGCUCGACAGCACUUACCCUCAGACCCUGACUGGAUAAAGCGCCUGCUGCAGAGUCCAUGUACGUACUGUGACUCUCCUCUCUUCUGACAAGCAUUCAAGCCAUUGGACAAAGAACAGGAUAUAUCUGUAUCUUAAGUUUAGCAUUGGGAAGAUGAGGCUUAAGAUAUUUACUCCUCUGUUAGGGGGGUAUUGUGUUUAUUGAAUGGUGGCAUUGUCUUAUAAUUGGAGACAUUCAAAGAUGCAGCUUUGUGUUCUGUGAAACACUAAAGGAAAACCUGGAGGAUUCUUAGCACCUUCUCACCAACAUCAUGAUCAUGACUUGCAAGGGCAAGAGGAAAUGAAUGUAAAUUAUUAUUUCAGUCUGAGAAUAAGAGUGCAGAAGAUGGUCAACAUGAAAGUGCAGGAAAAAUGGGGAAACUCUCUUCAAAAUGGAGUUAGGUUUGAACAGAUGAUGUUCAUGCCCGCCUAGAUCAAGUUUUCAUUUGAUGAAUUCAAGUAACUGUCUAAAAAUUAACCCAUGUCACAAUCUUCUGAUAAACACUUGCUUACUUUUGCAUUUGCAAAGCCAGUUAAACAAGACUAAGGUUGCCUGUGGGAACAAUGUGAAAAUGAAAUUUUAUAUUACUUUGCCUUUAGAGGUUUUGAGUAACGUGUGAUUUGUGUCAUAUAUCCAGAGUGGCUAGGGUACUUUAGACCUUUUUCAAUGUAAUGUCUCCUGAUCCCAGAUGAAUGCCAAAAAUAUCAGGCCUGCAAUGAAAUUAAAGUCCAAAAAUGUGGGGUGCAGAAUGGAGUGGGAAGCAUGGAGUUUGUACUAGAGUUCAGCAAGUAGCAGCCAUAAUGUAAAAUGUCCCUGUAUUUAAAAUUUAGGCUGGGAAAAAUGAAAUGCGCUAACAUGCUACUGGCCUUCAGUCAAUUGAUAUCAGUCAUCGAGGUUGGUUGGUAACUAGUUUUGGACUGUCACUUAGACUUUCUCUAUUUUUUUUUGUUUUAAUGUAUGUUUUCAAUUUUUAAAGCUUUGUUUAAAUUUUGUUUAACGACUACAACUAUUGCGUACAUUUGUGAACGCAACUUAAAACGUGAUAAACUACUUUUUUGUACAAUAAGAAUUGUUUUCUCAAUAAAU